UCUCUGUCCUUUCUGAAGCAUCAUGAAGAUGAACUUGGUUGUCGCCCUCUGCCUCCUUUGCCUCUCUGCCCAGGCUUUUGCUGACGGUCCUCCUGGACCUGCUGGCCCUCCUGGACCCCCUGGACCUCCUGGACCUGCAGGUUUCCCUGGAGCCCCUACGUCCUGGACUGCCUGGACGUCCCGGACUGCCUGGAGCCCCUGGAUUCCCUGGGCCAGCAGGACCAGUACCCAUGGCAUGAUGAUUCUGAAGCCGAAGAAGAAGUUACCCCAGAUUAUUCUGGUGGUAGGAGAAGGCAGGAUGUGGUUUGUCAUCGUGGACUGUGUGCUUCACCUUUGUUGCCUACAAGUCUCCACUUUUCUAUUUGACUGUCCUGGGAUCAGAGUCAGAGGUCUUAACAAAAUACAAUAAAACA